AUGAAGCACAUGGACCACGAUCACAAUCCCCUGCCGGGGACCAAGCACUUGUUGGCAGAAUCUGAUCGUGUCGGGUUUGAACCGGGCCAGGGACUUGAGCAGGUUCACCUUGCGUUGACGGGUAAGGUGGGGGAGAUGCGGGUCAUGUUCGUGACCAACGAUGGCAAGGAGAGUUUUGUGAUAUAUGGGUUGACCCGAGAGAAUAUGGACCGGGUAAUGAGUAAUGACAGCAUUGGGUGGAGAGACCCUGGGUUUAUACAUGAUGGGUUCUUGGUUAAUUUGCAGAAAGGAAAGAAGUAUUAUUAUCAGGUUGGUAGUGAUUCCGGGAGUUGGAGCACAACUUAUAGCUUUGUGUCACCAAAUGAGGAUUCUAGUGAAACCACUGCUUUCUUAUUUGGGGAUAUGGGGACUGCAACUCCAUACUCAACUUUUGUCCGUACACAGGACGAGAACAUAUCCACCAUUAAGUGGAUAAGCCGAGAAAUUGAAGCUCUCGGUAACAAGCCUGCCUUUAUCUCCCAUAUUGGUGAUAUUAGCUCUGCAAGAGGCUACUCAUGGUUGUGA